GCGGCAGCCGCGGGCCCACGCCGUAAACAUACAAGAUGGCGGCGGCGGCGGCAGCGGCGCCUGGGGCCUUGGGCGCCUUGCAGGCCGGCCGCGCUCGCUUGGUGGCCGCUUGCUGUGCGCGGCUCGGCCCCGGGUGGAGGCUGCCCGGCUCCUUGACGGGCCCGCGGGUCGGCCCUGCGAUGUGGGCCCGGGGCUGGGCGCCCAUGGCGGGGGCCUCAGCCCCGCGGAGGGGCUACAGCUCUGAGGUGAAGACGGAGGACGAGCUGCGGGUGCGGUACCUGGAGGAGGAGAACCGAGGAAUUGUGGUGCUUGGAAUAAACAGAGCUUAUGCCAAAAACUCAUUCAGUAAAAAUCUGGUAAAAAUGCUCUCAAAAGCUGUGGAUGCUUUGAAAUCUGAUAAGAAAGUACGGACCAUAAUAGUCAGGAGUGAAGUUCCAGGGAUAUUCUGUGCUGGUGCCGACCUUAAGGAGAGAGUCAAGAUGAAUCCCAGUGAAGUCGGCCCUUUUGUCUCCAAAAUAAGAGCGGUGAUUAAUGAGAUCGCUAAUCUUCCAGUGCCGACGAUUGCAGCAAUAGAUGGACUUGCUCUGGGGGGGGGCCUUGAGCUGGCCCUAGCAUGUGACAUACGUGUAGCAGCUUCCUCUGCGAAAAUGGGCUUGGUUGAAACAAAGUUGGCAAUUAUUCCCGGUGGAGGGGGGACGCAGCGCCUGCCGCGCGCUAUCGGGAUAUCGCUGGCCAAAGAGCUCAUCUUCUCUGCCCGCGUGCUCGAUGGCCAAGAAGCCAAAGCGGUGGGCUUGAUCAGCCACGUUCUAGAACAGAACCAGGAGGGGGACGCUGCGUACCGCAAGGCCUUGGACCUAGCAAGAGAGUUUUUACCUCAGGGACCUGUUGCGAUGAGAGUGGCAAAAUUAGCAAUUAAUCAAGGGAUGGAGGUUGAUUUAGUAACAGGAUUAGCCAUAGAAGAAGCUUGUUAUGCUCAGGUGCAUUCUCCAGGCAGUGAGAGAGCAGGGUGCCCGGCAGGGGGAAUUGAGGUUGCCAAGGACAGCCCAAGACGCGGAGCUCGAGCUGUUGGGGCCAGCCCCCAUCGUCCUGUUCCUGCAGCGCGAGGCCAAGAAGACAAGGCUCUUGAGGUGGACGCUUCAAUCAUUGAUCUCAGACUCUCCCUCUUUUCUAACGCAGGCGUUGAAACCUGUAGAAGUCCCUUUCGCCACAGCCUUCUCGGCAACCCAUUUUGAUAUGAUGGAUUUUCACUACCACUUGGGCUUGAGAUAUUUCCUAAGUUAUUUGCAACUUCCUUUUUUGAAACGUGUGUUAUUUAGAAGUGUAUCCUUUAGUUUCCAAAUAUUGGAGGUUUUCCUGGAUACCAUUUAGCUACUGAUUCCUAAUUUAAUUCAGGCGAGAUCAGAGAAUCUGCUUCAUGUACUUACAGACCUUCUGCGUUUUUUGAGACUUGUGCCAUGUGUAUGUAGGUUUUUAUGUGUACCUGAAAAGAAUACGAAAUGAUGUAGAAAUAGCAAUUAGGUUGAAGUAAAUGGCACUGUCCAGUUCUACGUGGCUACACUUUUUCGAACUGAUCGACACACGGCUGAGAGAGGAAGGUUAACAUCUCUUACUGUGAUUGUGCAAUUGUUUUUUUUUUCUAGAAAAUUAAGCAAAAUAAAAAAAGAAAGGGACUUCUUUCGUCUGAUACAGGGCAUCUGUGAAAAACCUAGAGUUAACACCAUACUAUACCUACUGUUGAAAUAGUGAGUACUUUCUCUCUAAGAUCAGGAACCAGAUAAGGAAGCAUGCGCUCUCUUAUCACUGUAGUCAUCUCCCUAAGAACUAUGGCUGUAAAACAAGAAAAAGGAUGUAAGAGACACAGUUGGUAGGGGAGAAGUAAAACUGUCUCAACUUAAACAUGGUUUAAGCGUGAUUACACCGAAGAGCUCAAAGCAUCUACCGGUAGAAAGCCACUAAGUGUAAGUUGCAGGAUACAAGGCUAAUAUACAAAAUUAAACUGCACAUGUAUAUGCUAGCAGCAAACAAUUGAAUAAUGACAUUUUUAAAAAAUUCCAUUUGUAACAGCAAAUGAAAUAGUUAGAAACACAUCGAACAGAAGACGUGCAACUCCUGUUCACAGAAAACGACAGAGCACUGCUGAGAGAGACAUUUUAAAAGACCGGACUACAUGGAGAGAUGUGCCAAGUUCCUGGAUUGAGAGACCCCAUUGCCCAAAGGCGCACGUUCUCCUCAAAUCGAUCUAUAGAUUCAAUGCAGUCCCACUAAAAGUUCCAGCAGGGUUUUGUGUAGAAAUUGAGAAGCUAAUUCUAAAAUGCACCUGACAGUAUAAUUGACCCUUGAACAACGUAGGUUGGAACUGCAUGGGCCCACUGAGAUGCAGAUUUUUUUUUUCCAAUAUAGUCUAGUCCUGUGAAUGUAUUUUCUCUUCCUUAUGUUUUCCUUAAUAGCAUUUUCUUUUUCUUUUUUUUAAUUUUUAACGUUUAUUUAUUAUUGAGAGACAGAGAGACAGAGCAUGAGCAGGGGAGGGGCAGAGAGAGGGGGAGACACAGACUCCUAAGCAGGCUCCAGGCUCUGAGCUGUCAGCACAGAGCCUGAUGUGGGGCUCGAACUCACAGACUAUGAGAUCAUAACCUGAGCCAAAGUCAGACGCUCAACCGACUGAGCCACCCAGGUGCCCCCUUAAUAGCAUUUUCUUUUCUCAAGCUUACUUUAUGGUAAGAACACAGUAUAUAAUACGUAUGACAUACAAAAUGUUGUGUGAAUUAACUAUGUUACGGUAAGACUUCUUACCAACAGUUGGUUAUUAGCAGUUAAGUUUUGGGGGAGUCAAAAGUUCUUUGUGGAUUUCUGUACAGGGGGCUAUCACCCCUAACCUCUGCAUUGUUUGAAGGUCAGCUGUACAAAGGACCUAGAAUGGUCCAAACGAUUUUUAAAAAGCUGGAGGACAGACACCCCUUGAGUUCCAGACUUCCUACAAAGCUACAGAAAUCAAGUAGUGUGGACGUACGGAUCAGAUGGACGUAACAGAGAACCACGCUCAGGUGGUCAGUUGAUUUUUAACAAAGAUACCCAUUCAAUUCUGUAGGGAAAUGAAUGUUUUUUAAACAAUCUGUAUAGGGGGGAAAAAACACAACCCUUCCCUUGCUCUGUACACGAAUUUAUAGACAUGAAAGUCCUAGAAGAAAAUCUUUGCAACUUGCUUGUUUUUCCCUAAGGCAGCAUCUCUGGCUUGUGGUGCAGAAAUCUGAGAGGGUCCCAUGACCUGGCUCCCCCGGUGUUACUCCCAGGGCUACGUCACUUUGCACAGCAAAGGGAUUUGCAUCAGUUGACCUGAAAAUAGGGAGAUUAUGUGGGUGGGCCUAAAGUCAUGGCAAUCUUUUAAGAGCAGAGUGUUUUCGCUGGCUGGUCACGGAAAGGGACAUUAGAGAUGUGAGGUGAGGGAGGUGUCUGUUUCUGGCUUUGGGACAAGGACCUGAGAGUGGCUUCUGGUUGCUGAGAGCAGUGCCCCCCCCCAACCUCUGACAGCCAGCAAGAAAGUGGGGAGUCCUGUUCACAGCUGCAAGGCAGUGGGGAGCCUGGAAAUGAUUCUUCCCCGUGCCUCCCGACAACAGCCUUGAGCCAACAAGAGCCUUGACUUCACCCCGUGGUGAGCUGGCCAGCCCGCUGGGACUUGUGGCCUGGAGGGCCACAGGUUAGUAAGCAGGUAUCAUCCGAUACCGCUAAGUUUGUGACUGUCAUGAGCUAUAGAACACUGGCACACAGCGCUGAUCCUACCGUGACGGCAGUAAAGCAUGUAAUUUGUUCCUAUUUCAUUGCUGUUUCCUGGAACAAUGAAUAUAAUUGUAUUUGGUUUUUUUCCCCCUUUUAUGUUGGGGAAAAGCCUUCUGCGUUCGGGUAAAUGCUGGCUCAUCUUCUUGGAGACGUCCUCUAAAUCCUGGCUGCUCCAGGUAUGGCUCCUGGGCCAGCGGCAGCACUGAUGCACCUGGGAGCUUGUUGGGGACGUGGACCCAUCUGGGGCCCCCCGAUGCGGAAGCUCCCUUUUAGGUAGACCCCGAGGCACUGAAGUUCCCGAAGCGGCACCCCACCUUUGCCCAGAAGUGUGGCUUUUACCGGGUGUAAACCCAGCGUGUCAUGGGUGUGGCCAGGUUGGCCAUCUAGACCUUCAUCCCCCCGCCCCUGCCCCACGGUGGCGCUGCUCCUGCCGCAGGGUCUGGGUCUCGGCUCAGACACGGGAGCUUCCAUUCCAGUGAGCUCUCCUCUUGGCCUGCAGACGUCCUCCGGGACUCGUGCCCCAGACGGGACACUGGGCGGCUCCUGUGCCUUUAGAUGCCCAGUCUUCCGCACCGGAGUGGGGUCUGUGUGCCCCAGCCACCGUCUCAGAGAGCUCGGCUAAGGAGCGCUCGGAAGAGACCGGCACACGAACGCGUCGCCGGCUGCUGGUGUAGACACCCGUGGUCUCCGUGAGUCAGAGACGUCAGAGCUGGUGUGACCACCCCGGGGCCAUCGAGGGCGCUCCUGCCAUCCUCCUAGAGGCCCCGGGUGAUGGCUGGGUGCUCCUUCUCGUCCACAAUGCAGUCUCAGCCGAGCCACAUUCCGGAGCGUCUCAGGCAGAAGCUCAUGUCCGCUAACGUCUUCACCAUCUGCCCUCUGUCCUCCCAGGGUCUGUGCAUCCUCAGGAAAACGCGACUCCCUCUCCCCGCGGGCCCUCCUCCGCUCACGCUGUUUUCUCUUUCGCAACAUCCCACCCACCCCCAUCUCACCCCCUGAGAUACUAGGUCUUCCAGGAAGCCUUCCUAGAAUUUCCCAUCAGGACUCCCAGGGAAGUGUCCCUGAGACUCACGCCCUCAGUAUUUUGGUCAUCUGUUGCAGCACGAAACGGCCCCGGGGUCAGCGGCUUAAAACAACCAUUUAGUUUUGCCCCCAAACCCACAGGUCGGGAAUUUGGGAAGGGCCGCGGCGUCUCCCCAGCACGGUUCUCCUCCACCAGGCACAGGUGGAACGAGUCAAAUACACGUUGGCGUAAGUAGGGGAGAGGCAGGUUUGGGGAUGGAGUAGCGCCUCCUACGUGCCGUGUGUGUGUUGUGUGUGCAACACGGCUUGAGAUACACACAGAGUCACCCACCGGUCAGUCCCAGUGUGGGGCCAGCCAUCCACUGGAGCUCUUGACGUAAAGAAUCCUGAGCCCCAACCGCGGAACUAUAUGCGGUGGAAGCCGGUCACGACAAGACCUAGAUGCCAGGGUCCGGUUGGCCAGUGGGGGGGGCACAGCACACAGAUGUGAGGAGGAACAGGCUUGCUGGCCCACCCAGGGAGAAGCUUCUCCAAACUCCUCGGGCCCCGGCUCCAGCCCCGGACAACACCCCUCAUCACAAAGGCACGGGAGCUCUCCGCAGGAGGGGUCACAGUGAGCUCGUUUUAGGAAAAGAGCUUUCUCGGCAACAUACAGGCUAAAGAAGUUUCUGCAAUCCUCAGCUCAAAAUUUUAUUUACAGCAAAAUGUUGAUUUGCCCACAAACAUCCUGCUUUGCUAAAUAUACCACCCGGCUCCUACAACAGGGCUGUGGUUUUAGAGCGUGGGUCCUGCCCUCCCUUCUCGGCCCUGGCACGUCGAGCCUGGUACCCUCUUCCGUGGUCACGGUGCACCAAGGGAGGCGAGUGGGCUCCCUUCCUGCGCGGGCUGCAGGACAGGCCUUGGUCCGAUGGGUCUGUGACAGAGGGCUUGGCCACGGGCGGAGGACUGGCGGCAAGUCUGGUGCCCGCUGCGGGGCGCGGCCCGAUUGUUGAGCGUCCUCCUCCUUUUUUAGGGUCACUCAGGGUAUGAUCGCACUGCCGGGUCUCUGUGGCCAAAGGAAGGACUUGGAGCUCAUCCAGCCACAGGGGAAAAUCCUGACCUCCCGUGACAGGCUCUAGAAGCAGAGGCCGGG